AUGCCUUCGUCAACGAAUAUCCUGAUAUAUCUACUUCGGCACGACUUGCGUGUGUCUGACAAUCCCAUUCUUCACCACUUGGCUACUAGCAAAGAUCAUGGCUUUACCCAUCUCCUACCCGUCUACGUCUUCCCGGCGCAUCAAAUCGAAACUUCGGGGUUCAUUCGCGAUGGAAGUAAAUCACCGUAUCCAGAGGCCAGGAGUCAGGUCGGUAGCUUCUGGAGAUGCGGUCCGCACCGCGCCAAGUUUAUUGUGCAAUCCGUCUGGAACCUUCAGGAGUCUUUCCAGGGUCUUGGCAGCGGACUCUGUCUUCGUGCCGGCAGGUUUGACGACGUCUUGAAUGGCCUCCUCAAGGGGCUUACCGAAAAACAGCAAACCGUCGGCGCCGUUUGGAUGACUCUGGAAGAUGCGGUAGAGGAAAAAAGAGAUGAAAAGGCUGUCUCCUCAAUUUGCUCGGAGAACAACAUCGAGUUCAAGCUGUGGCAAGACGAGAAGUACUUCGUUGACGAUCGCGACACCGAACUGGAGAAUGCGCACGAUUUACCGGACAUUUUCACAACAUACCGCAAAACUCAAGAACCUCUGAGGGAGCGGCCCAGGCCAACGUUGCCGAAGCCUAGCAACAAUUCUCUGCCACCGUACCCCAGCGACGAUGUGGUGCCUGUUCAAGAGAGGCCCUUUGAGAUGCCUGCAACAUACGAAGAACUCGAAGCGGCAUUAUUGAAGCCUGUCAAGGAUGUGCUAGAUGUCGCUCCGGAGUACCCGUCGAACGCAACUUCUGUACACCCGUUGAAGGGCGGUGAGUUGGAUGCGCUCCAGCGCGUCGAUCACCUGAUCAAGUCUUGUUCCAUGUCCAACUACAAAAAUACCAGAAACGGCCUCUUGGGAGUUGACUUUAGCACCAAGCUAUCUGGAUACCUGGCUCUCGGUUGUCUGACGGCGAGGCAGGUGCACGAGGAGAUGGUGAAAUACGAGGACGGUCAAGGCCCCGAGUACAAGGAAAUUGACGGUUUCGGCAAUGGCGAAAACGAAGGCACCAAAGCUGUCCGAUUUGAACUCCUCUGGCGUGACUAUAUGCGUCUUUGCACCAGGAAGUUCGGACACCGCCUGUUCCGUGCCGAGGGAUUCCGGGACGAUCGGAAGCCGAUCCAGUGGAAGACGGCAAAGCAGCCAGAAAUUGCCGAGAUUCUCAAGCGCUUCCUCGCUGGUACGACAGGCAUGGGAUUUAUCGAUGCGUCUCAGCGUGAGCUUCUGCACACUGGGUACACCUCGAACCGCGCACGGCAAAACGUGGCAAGCUUUUUGGCCAAACACUUGGGGAUCGACUGGCGAUACGGUGCAGAAUGGUACGAGUGCAUGCUGAUCGACUACGACGUCAGUUCCAACUGGUCCAACUGGCAGUACGUCGCCGGAGUGGGCAAUGAUCCACGUGGCGAGGCACGCAUCUUCAACCCAGUCAAGCAAGCAUUCGACUAUGACAAGCAGGGCGAGUACGUGAAGGCCUAG